AUGUGCCCAGGCUUACCGGACCAUUGGUACCCAAAUAACCUUUUCAGUCUUCUGAAGUCUUGUGAUGUUGUUCAUCACAAAUGCCGGGUCGAGCGUCUUAGAAAGCAGAGAAGACGUGCCACUGCAGCUCCCCAAUCCGUCAGUUCCUUGCACAUAUACCACCUCGUGCUUGAGCCCAAAACCUGGACUGAGGCCCAGCGCCACUGCAGAGAAAAGUACACGGACCUGGCCACCAUCACUGACACAGAGGACGCCGCCGCUCUGAAUAGCCUCAGUGCUGGUGAUGGUGGUGCUGGGGACUAUGAAAAUGCCUGGAUCGGGCUCCGAAGGGUCAGCGCUUUUAAGUGGCACUGGUCCUUUCUGGGCAGCACCGGAGCACACACAGCAGUGGAGCCGGAGACUAGCUACACCAACUGGGACAGUUACGAGCCAGGGGCCAUGUCCGCCAAUGAGAGACUGUGGAGUCGGUGGAAGCACUGCAGGGACCACUUCACAGACCUGGCCAGUGCGCGGAACCCAGAGGAGAACAGAAGAGUGGCAGAACGGGUCGCGGGUGGAACAGAACCCUGGACCGGAAUGUUUCGAGACACCUGGGUGUGGUCUGACCUGAGUGGCAGCUCGUUUAGGCAAUGGGUGACCGGCGUGCCCGAUUAUGUGGGCGGGAGUGAGAGCUGUGUGGCCAGUCCGCUUGUGGGAGAAAGGAAGUGGCAGGACAGGAACUGUGAGGAAAGGAUGCCGUUCUUUUGCAUGGGGGCACCUAAAUUAACAAGACUAGUGGUGAAAAUAAAAAUCCACUCAGUUUCUGGAAACAUUGAUACCAUUUCCAAAGCCCAUCUUCUCCAACAGCUCCAUGCUGCUUUGGCUGAAAAGGGCAUAACAGAUUUCAAACUGUCCUGGAGGCCCCAACCUGAUGGACAGAUGUUCCACAGAGUUGGACAAAAUGCAGACAGAUGA